UUUGACAAGGCUGGCUUUCGCAAUCGUCUUGAGGCAACGGUCACUGCUUGUCGGGAAAUGGGAAAGUCAAGCUUAUGGAUGCAGGUUCCUAUGUCUCGGGCUUCACUCAUUGAGGAUAUGAACGAAUUUGGACUGAGAUUCCACCAUGUUAAUGGCGAUGAUGUCAUUCUUAACGUUUGGUUAAAGGAUAGUGAAUCCAAGAUACCAGAGUUUGCUACGCACAAUGUAGGAGUUGGAGCAGUUGUCGUGAACUCGAGGAACGAGAUCCUUUGUGUGAGAGAGCUGCGAAAUAAUUACAUGAAAUGGAAAACGCCUACAGGGCUCUCCGAUCUCGGCGAGCAAAUCGAUGACGCCGCCUGUCGUGAAGUCUUGGAGGAAACUGGAAUUCAAACGAGAUUUCACAGUUUGCUAGGUUUUCGUCAAACGCACGGACUAGCGCACGGCCGCUCUGAUCUUUUCUUUGUUUGUCGUCUUGAUCCGCUUGAAGAAUUUGAUUGCAAGGGUGACCUCCUGAUACCGACACCAGUGCCGCAGACCGACGAGAUUCAGUCAGUAGAGUGGGUCCCGCUCGAGGAAUAU